GGGACUGAGAAAUCAUUCACACUUCAGUUUCUCAGCCUGGAAGCAAGGGGAAUCUGCUGACAGCUUCAAGCAUGCUACACUGGCUGUUUAUGGGAGCUUUGGGAUCAUUACUGGUGGCAAAUUCCUCCUGCAUUCAAGAUGUGGAAAGGGACAGCAAACACCACGAGGUUGUUCAUAUGGAGUUAAAUGGUCGCUACCAACUGGAUUUCAAGGCUGCAGCGAACCUCUGCCAUUCCUGCGGGGCCACCUUAGCCACACUGGAACAGCUGAAGAGGGCGCACGCAGUAGGCUUUGAAACGUGCAGGUAUGGCUGGAUCCAGGAGCAGUUGGUCGCCCUCCCUCGGGUGCAAGCUCACCCCUCCUGUGGGAAAAACAUCACCGGGGUCUACACCAUUUCAAGACCACUGAGCUCAAAGUAUGACGUCUUCUGCUAUAAAGAUGACAAAAACUGCACCUUGGAGAAUUCACCAACAGACAUAUCUACUGUUCCACCCCACCCAGCGGAAAUUGGGAAACAGAACUUUCCAGCCCUCUCACAGAACAGGAUGUCCACCAGUUUACCGACCGUCACAGAGCGAGAAUCGACAACAGUUCCAUUGGCAGAGGACCGUGGGAUUUUUACUGGCACCACAGUGCGAGCGGAUGGACCCUUUGCACCAGUGCAGACUGAUCCCUGGUCUACCUCAGUGCUCCCACUAUCGGAAGCAUUCACAGAAUCGGCUUCCCCCAGUGUGCGGCUGACCAGACUAACAUCCGCCACAGCUCCAGGAUUGACAAGGAAAGCUAUCCUCUCACCCACAAGGCCAGAACAUCUGUUAAACAGCCUCUCUGGAUCUCCAAGUACAAGAACGAACACCACAGAGGUGGUGGACGGCUCAGGGUCUGCUGCAGGGGGAGAGCCAUACACUGAGUCAGCAGGCCAGACUCCAUUGACCUGGGAUGACCACAUGACAAAACUUACCUCAGGGACAGACAUUCCCUCCAUUGGGACGACUGGUCUACCCUCUUCUCCAUCUCUGCUUCUCGACGACAGCCUACAAGUUAGCUUUGGCACCGAGGCGGAACUGCGAGCCAACCGUGUAACAGAAGUCCCAUUUGCUGCAGAGUUGCAAAGCGAGCCAGAGGUGGACUUUGCAACCAUCAGGAGCACCACUCCUGCUUCCCCUCUGGCCUCAGACAACAGCCCUACACUUGCUGCAGCCCAAGAAAGGGACGGGCACCCUGAGUUCAUCAGUGAAGUGCCAUCAGUGAAGUAUCAAUCAGAUACAGUCUUAUUGACCACGGGUAGAACCACUCCCCCUUCCCCUCCCACUGUACGUGUGGACAACAGCCUCAGAAACAACACAGAGGUAUACAAGCCCAAGGAUGAAUCAGAGAGUUUGGAUUUCAGGGAUUUCUCAGAGUAUCAGCUCAGUACUGAAGGUGAUCCUGAAAGUGCUUCUGAUCUUUUCACAUCACAGGCCCCUGAAACCACAGGCAGACCAACAACAAGCCAACACCUGCAUCAGGACAGGAAACCCUCAAUCCUAGUGACUCCAAAUCCAUCUGAACUACCUGAGCAAAGUGCUAGCAGCACUGGGAUUUCUGACGUGGAGGACCUCCUGGAUCACUGGCCAUCUGGAACACCAGGCUGGAUGGAAAUUCCCUCCAGUUCAAUAUCCCCUGAGUUCACAGUGGAGAGUGGGAGUACUCCCGAAAGCUUAGGGCCUACUGACUUCUCCUUUGACUUAGCACCUGUUACCGUGCUAGAUGCAAUGUGGACACCUUCCAGCUCACCCUCUCCUGAGCCCAGGGACCCACCUGCAGACAGUGGGAGUACUUCUGAAAGCUUAGGGCUUACUAACCUCUCUUUUGAUUCAGCAGCUGUCACUGUGCUAGAUGCAACGUGGACACCUUACAGAUCACCCUCUUCUGAGCCCAGAAACCCAUCUACGGACAGGGGCAGUACUCCCAAAAUCUUAGGGAUUACUGACUUCUCCUUUGACUUAGCACCUGUUACCGUGCUAGAUGCAACAGAGGCACCUUCCAGCUCACCCUCUCCUGAGCCCAGGGAUCCACCUACAGACAGUGGGAGUACUUCUGAAAGCUUAGGGUCUACUGACUUCUCCUUUGACUUAGCACCUGUUACCAUGCUAGAUGCAACGUGGACACCUUCCAGCUCACCCUCUCCUGAGCCCAAAGACCCACCUACAGACAGUGGGAGUACUUCUGAAAGCUUAGGGCUUACUAACCUCUUCUUCAACCCUGUGGCUGUCACUGUGCUAGAUGCAAUGUGGACACCUUCCAGAUCACCCUCUUCUGAGCCCAGAAACCCAUCUACAGACAGUGGGAGUACUUCUGAAAGCUUAGGGCCUACUGACUUCUCCUUUGACUUAGCACCUGUUACCAUGCUAGAUGCAAUGUGGACACCUUCCAGAUCACCCUCUUCUGUGUCUAGGGACCCACCUGCAGACAGUGGGAGUACUUCUGAAAGCUUAGGGCCUACUGACUUCUCCUUUGACUUAGCACCUGUUACCAUGCUAGAUGCAACGUGGACACCUUCCAGCUCACCCUCUCCUGAGCCCAAAGACCCACCUACAGACAGUGGGAGUACUUCUGAAAGCUUAGGGCCUACUGACUUCUCCUUUGACUUAGCACCUGUUACCAUGCUAGAUGCAAUGUGGACACCUUCCAGAUCACCCUCUUCUGUGUCUAGGGACCCACCUGCAGACAGUGGGAGUACUUCUGAAAGCUUAGGGCCUACUGACUUCUCCUUUGACUUAGCACCUGUUACCAUGCUAGAUGCAAUGUGGACACCUUCCAGAUCACCCUCUUCUGUGUCUAGGGACCCACCUACAGACAGUGGGAGUACUUCUGAAAGCUUAGGGCCUACUGACUUCUCCUUUGACUUAGCACCUGUUACCAUGCUAGAUGCAACGUGGACACCUUCCAGCUCACCCUCUCCUGAGCCCAGGGACCCACCUACAGACAGUGGGAGUACUUCUGAAAGCUUAGGGCUUACUAACCUCUCUUUUGAUUCAGCAGCUGUCACUGUGCUAGAUGCAACGGGAGCACCUUCCAGCUCAACUUCUUCUGUGUGUAGGGGCCCACCUGCAGACAGUGGGAGCACUCCUGAAAUCUUGGAUCUUUUGGAUCAAAGUACGGGGUUAAGUAGUGAGUUAAGUCUGGCUGCCUCAGCCUCUGCAGAGACGUCUGUCCCAUUUGGAGAAAGUGGGAGUACACCUGAUGUACUGAACUCAGAGACACAGGAGACUGCAACGAGAUUUUCCCGAGAGAUUACCAUAAAUAUUGAACUGCUGACAGAACCCACCAACCAACCUCUUGACAUUACCACGCCGAAGAGGACGUUCGACCCCCCAGUGGGAUCCACUCUGCAGGCUGUCGGUUUUGACCUGACCUGGUCUGUGAGACCCCCUGACCAGUCCUCAGCUGUUGCCAUGCCCUUUGUCACUACCCAGGAGCCACUGACUUCCACUCUGCCUCCUUCAGCGGAAGUGCCCCCCACUGUCCUAUCGACCACUGCCAAGAAGAAGGGCGUGCUUGAGAUGGUGAACCAGAUAGAGACCUCUCCACACACCACAGUUCAACCAAAACACACCAGUCCUGAGCUGUCGGGCACCACCAAAGUCUACUCCAACUCUCUCUUUGGACCAACCACUUCAUUACCUAUAACAACCAGCCAGGAGUACCAAGUGUCAUCCUCUACAGUGGGACAGAAUCAGAAAGCUCAGCCUAGCACCACUAAGAAAUCAGAUAACAGUCAACUGAAAACGGAGCAGCCAGGACCAACAGCUAUGGGGAAGAGGUCUCCUGAAGCACCGCUGGACUGGCUGAUCGUAGCGGCGAUAGUGGUGUCUCUGCUAAUCAUCCUGCUUGGGGGAGUGAUGAUCAUCUACAGCAAAAGGUUGUGCGGAAGGAAGAAAAGCUUGACAAUAACCAAGCCAGGAGAGGAUGGCGUCUCAGCCAUGGAGAAGGGAGCCAACAAUGGGAGAGAGGAAGAUGCGUCUAGACAAGGUGAACUGAAAGCUGAGGCAAAAGGAUCUGACGAGUGGAUCCAGCUGAUUGAUAAAGAGAACUUGGACAUCACUCCUGAAUCUACAGAGGCCACCAAGCUAAUGAGAAGGGAUGAAUCUGGAGAACUGCCCAAUAUAGAGGUGACAGCAACAACACAGGAUCAAGAGAACAGGAGUUAAGUGGGAAAGGAGAUGGUAUCGGGAACCAUUCCUCUUGUCCCCACGCUCUCUAAAUGUCACUGACUUGGUGCAAACAUACUAAAUCAGCCUUUUUGAUCAGCCCUGUGCAAUGCCACCUAGUGCCAAUAUUCAUGGUUUGCUUGAAGCACUAUCAGACCGUCCUAAGGAGAGACAUUUUGGUUUUCCUGUCGGACUGAUGCACUGUUGUAUUGAACUCUACUGUUCCCAUCCUUGUGUUGAACCAUCUGGCCUUUCUCCAAACUGUGCUGCUCUUGUUUAGCACCAUUUCACUCCAGUGUUGGACAAAGCUGCUCUCUAGUCAGGUCAAGCCUUUGUGACAUCAGACAAUGCUACCCUUGUGUUUGGUAGGGAUGCCUCUCCGUUGGAUUGCAUCGCUCUUAUGCAAGGAUAAUUCACUUUGGUGUCAGACCCUCUGUUGUGUGCAUGCAAUGUAUCUUUGUGAAGACCUUUAGCCUUCCUAUCCCAAUUAUCUUCUCCCCUCUGGAUUUCCACCUAAACAAUGGUGGUUGCUCUCGAGGGACAAGGAGAUGAACACACCCUCGUUAUGAUGUACAAAGAUACAGGAGGAAUGGAAAUCAUUGGGUCUACAGUCAGCUCUUCCCCCUCCUUUAGAUGGCAGGUUGAGAAUGCUGUGUACUGGGAGAGACUAGGGGUCUUGCCCAGGGGCGAGGGAAUUCAGGGGAGGGCGCAGUCCGCCCAGCUACCUUGCCCAGUCAGAAAGUAAAUUAAGAAUUAAAAUGCAGCUCUACUUGGGACUUAACACAUUCAAUAUUGGACUCAGGACUAGUCCCUUGUGCAUGCAGUACUUUUGCAUUCAUGAAAUGAAGUUUGACUUCAUUCCAGUGAGUCCAUUACCAGAAAGAGUUAAAGCAGAAUAACUUGACUUGGGAUGGUUCCAUAAAAAUGCAGUGUUAACUAUCCUCCUCUGGGACUGAAUCUACUUUCUCUGCAAAGGUCCAGAUUUAUAAACCCGGGAACUCUUCAUCCAAUUUCAGCUGUUAAUUCAUGGGAACCUACUGGGAGCAAAUUGGCAAUCUGAUAAUUAAUUCCGUGAAAGUGGCAGGAACUAAAUGGAACAUAGAAUGUUGCUCUGAAGAAAGCCUUACAGGAUAUUGUUUAGCAGAGACAAUAGUUCAGAACUGAGGGCAGUGGUUGACCACUAUAGAUUUUAUCUGAGGUAUAGAUGAUGCUACUUGUCUGAUAAAGAGAACCUGCUCACCCAUUCCUGCCACCAAAGGAGCAUUUGCCAUAACUGAAAUCAAUCAGAAGUUGAUCAAUUCCACAGCUAUCACUAACCAUUCUCAAUUUAGGGAUUGUCACAUUCUGCAAUUAAUAGACAAAUUGCUCAUUUCUCACUGUCAGUUGGUAAAGUGUCUAAUUCCUGCAACCUAAUAGUAACUUGUCCAAAUUCUGUAUCUUAUCAGUCAAAUGAUCUGUUCCAGAACCAAGCAGUGACGUGAUCCAGUGCCAAAAUGGAUUUAGGGUAUUUCAAGUCACACAACCAAUCAAUAAUGUGAAAAGUGUGGUUUAUAUUUAAACAGCACAUUCCUUGUACAACAUCCCAAAUCACUUUAUAGAUGAUGAUGUCUCAUUAUUUUAAAGAAUUUUCCUAUGUACAGCAGGAGAGCAAGCUGCCAAUUUAUGCACAACAAGUUCCCACAGUGGGAGUGGUUAUGUAUUUGAUAGUGAUGUUAUUCCACUCUCAUAUCAAUCUGAAGGUGCUCUUUGAUCACAUCAGCAUUGUGUCCCAGUGCCACACCUGUUUGGCUAUGUUCAGGUGUCGAGACACUUGGCCAGCAGGGAGUCACGUUCAUAAACAGCAAACUCCCUAUUCCCACAGCUGAUUAUUAAGAGGUCCCAUUUUCACAGUCCAACUUGAUGGUAAAGAUCUUAUUCCCUGAUCUAAUCAACAAAGCAUCCCUUUCUCAUAAAAUGAUUUGCAAAGUUUCAUUCCUUGAAUUAUUCAUUGGAGUGUUGUAGUGUGCUGCUGAUUCACAAGGUAAGUCAUUCCCACAGCUGGUUUAUUCCCAUUCUCAUGACCCAUCAGUCAUUUAUUCACUUAACUAGUUGAGUGCCCAGUUCCCUCAGCUGAUCCAGAAGAAAACAAAAUCUACCCCAAGUUCCAGAAAAUGAUAAAGAUCCAUCUGUGUAGAGGAGUCGUUUAUUGAUGAACUCUGCCAGCCUCAAACAUCCAGUACUAUUGAAACAUGAAGGGACCAUUUCAUCCAGCUGCAAGCUGUAGAGGCUGUAUCCCAUGUUGUCAGAAACAAAGGCCUUAUCUGUUAUUAGGUAUGCAAGAUGGGUACUGAAUCAGUCAGGUAAUAUGAACAUAUCCUGUCUCAGUUUCUCCCUUUUCCCCACCAUCUCCUCUCGCCAACUGCUAGCCAUUGCAUGCCCUUCCCAUCCAUACCCUUCUUUCCUUCCUUCCAUCUUCACUUUCUCCCUUCUGACCUACUUUCUGCCUUAUUUCCCCUAAUGUGGGCCUUACUCCUCUCCCCUCACUCCCCAGUCUUCCAGCCAUUCACCUCUCUCCUCAACCCUUACCACAGUCUGGGCCAUCCUACUCAACCCCACAUCCCCCACUGCCUGCAUCCCACCCACUCCUCUACCCUCGCCCCCCACACAAACCCUCCUCCUAAGCCGCUACACUUACCCCAUUUACUAACAAACUUACUGGGAUCAUCCUGCCCACCCUUUGCAUUCCCUGGCCUCCAUCACAAUCCAAAGCCAUCCGAUAUGGACAACGCCAACUCCCCCAACAUUAUUUACAACCUGCCAUCUGUCCCUCUUUCAUUGCUCAAUGGUGAUUAUCACUUUGGGCUUCAACUCAAUGGUGAAUGACAACUGUCUCAAGCGUGUUCAUCAAUGGGUGGCUGGAAAGAGAUUGACCGCCUACAGAUAAUUGGCACCCAUUCACUGUACUCUAUAUAUUACUAUGCUCAUCCUAGGCACAGACUAUCACUGUUUCAAUGGCAUAUUUAUUCAAAACAAUUCAUAACCUGUACAGUACUUGAUUCAUGGAACCAUUUGGAUAAAGGAAAACAAUUCACACACAUAUGCGUUUGUGAUUUUGUGUAGGCGUGUGUGUGUGUGUGAGAGAGAGAGGGGAGAGAUGACUGCUUGAAUCCUACAGACUGGUGUCUUCCUAAUCUGUUCAAGGCCAAUCUGCAUAUUUCUGAACUAGCAUGAAAAUUGUGAACUCCCUGGGGAUGUCUUGUAAUCUGCAGGCAGUAAAGAGAAACUCCCGGCGGCCUGCUGUCAGUCAACACAUUGAGAAUGAAUUCUCACCACAUUUUCUUGGGAUACUUAGUAACAAAAUGAAAGCAGGAAUAUUGACUACUUUUGAGACACAGGAGACUGUAGGUGCUGGAGGAACUGCGCAGGUCAGGGAACAUUCAUGGAGAGAAAUGGACAAUUUCAGGUCAGGUUCCAUCAUCUGGAAUUAUCCAUCUCCAGAUGAAGACUUGUGACCCGGGAGGUCAACUGUCCAUUUCCCUGCUGAGUUCCUCCAGUGUUUCGAAUGCGACAGCAAGGGCUGUGAUCUGUUUGCUUUUGAAUGACCUGGAUGAUGGAAAGUUUAGAGGACAGUGAUGUCUUGUUCUGUUCUGUAGAUAGUUACAUGUUUAUUUCAGUUGUGCAUAGAAAUAUUGCUUAGGCACAAAUUUCCCAAUGGACUGGAUUUGCAGUAGCAUAAUUACACUUAUUAUUUACAAGACAAACAUAUUUAAAACAACACAAGCACUGAAGACAAAGAGAUAGAAAUAUUCACUAGGUCAGACUGCAUUCAGUGGGAAAAGGACUUAACAUACCGGUUAAUUACUCAGGUGUGGGACAGAUGGCGGCUGGGGAUCACGGGCUAAGGCUGGCCAGAGCUGACCCGGAGAUGAGCAGGAGAGAAGCUGCUCAGUUACAAAAUAGACACAGAGGGCUGAAGGUGUUGGAAUUGGAAGCAAUAAACAAUCUGCUCGACCGCUGACCUCCUCCAGUCGAUCGUUUGUUGCCCAAUUAGAAGAGCUCUGCUAGACAUCCCAAAGGAGGCAAGUAUUUCAGCUAACGUUCUUCAAGGAUAUAGAUAUAACAGUGGAGGAAGAUUUGGAAGCAUGGGGCAUGGGGGAGGAUUACCUUGGAGACAGAGGAAGCCAACUAACAUGAACUCACUAUGGCUCUAGUGAAAGAGUAGCUCAGUGCGUGAUUAAAGAGAAACCCCCGAGAGUCUCUGUUGGCAUGUACAUUGAACCAUCCAGAACAAGUUCUUCCCAAAUUUUCCUGGGAUUCUUGUAUUAGCAACAGAAUAAAAGCAAGAAUAUUAAAUACUUGUUAACAGACAAAAUUGUGUUCAACAUAUCUGAUUGUUCCAAAUGAAUUGAAAUAUGAUGAACAACUAUGUGUCUAUUGGCAUUUCCAUAUUCCGUUACAAUAUAGGAGACCAUUUCAUCAACGCCAGCUCACAGUGCAAUUCCAGCCUCCACUAAUAUUCCCAGUAACCUCUUCUCACUUCCCCAUCACCCCCCACGUCCCCAUCAGAUUCGACUGCUCACCUACACACUCAGAAUCAUUUACUGAGGCCAAAUAACCUGCUGGUUUUGAGGUUGUAGGAGGAAACUGUCGAUUAUUUCCCGUUCCCUGGCAACCACCUCUGCUGCUUUCACUGCUUUACAGAUAAACUGAGAAAUAACACUAAGCGUGACAUGAUGAGAUACAAGUAUUUAUUUUGGGUCUUUUGUGUAUUUUAAUUGGAUUCCAUG